ACCCUCCUCCUUUCCCAAAUUAGCUCCGCCCAAUCCCCACCACCGCCGCGACCCUACCCCCUCAAACCGAGCGGAGCCGCGCAAAUCGGCCGCCGCCGUCGCCACCCGCCUCCCCCGGCUCGCCUAUAACCCAGCCCAACCGCCCCCCCACCGGCCGGCUCGCGUCCCCUCCGCCGCCCUCCGGUCCCGCACCGACUCGUUGGGAGGAGAUGGCCGCAGCGGCUGUCGCGUGCAGGCGCGGCCUGCUCCUGCAGCAGCAGUGGCCGCAGCAGCGGUGGGGCGCCCCCGCGCGCACCAUCUCGCAGCUCGUCAAGACCAACGGCCGCCGCGCCUUCCUCGUCGAUACCCUCGCCCUGGUGAGGAAGCUGGAGUCGCAGGGCGUGCCCACGAAGCAGGCGGAGGCGAUCACGUCCGCGAUCACCGAGGUCCUCAACGACAGCCUCGAGAGCAUCUCCGAGUCCUUCGUCUCCAAGGCCGAGAUGCAGAAGGCUGAGAUGCUGCAGGAGUCCAACAUCUCCAAGUUCAAGUCGCAAGUACAGAGCUCGCAGGAAAACCAUUUCUCUUUGUUGCAGCGGGAGACUGAGAAACUCCGUGGAGAUAUUGAUAAGAUGAGAAGUGAACUGAAGUAUGAGAUUGACAAGGUCACUGCAGGUCAGCGGCUGGAUCUAAACCUUGAAAGAGGGCGCAUCCGUGAUGAACUCGCCAAGCAGAACGAGGAAACUACAGAACUCACCACAAAGCUAGACAAGGAAAUUCACUCACUGAAAGCCCAGCUCGAGGCAGCAAAGUAUGAUGUCAUCAAAUACUGCAUAGGUACCAUUGUUUCGAUAUCGGCCGUGGGGCUCGCCGUGCUCCGCAUCGUGAUGUGAAGCACAGAUACGUUCUUUCCUUUACCCAUUCAUCCAUGGAAACUGCAAGAGAAGAGGAUAGGUUGUGAUUCUGUUCCUAGUUUUUUGGAGGGGACAAAGCCGUGGUUCAGGGGAACUGUUGUACCAUCAUCCUACUAGGGAGGAGAAAAGGGGUUCUUCCUCAAAACUUGUAAAAAUAGAUCGACCCGCAGGAGAAAUGCAGCCAAAAUCAAUUAUUCUUUUACCUGUGUUUGUUGGAGCUUCUUCUGAUGGUUUGGUUAACACGCUUCCUUUAUCUGUGGGA